CCCUGCCCCUUCCCCUUGCCGCAGCCCGCCCUCCCGGAGCCGGCGGCCGCCCCAUGAGCCCGCCGCGGCCGCCCGGCCGCUGGCAGCGCCCCCGAGCCCCAUUGGGGCUGGGGCUGCUCCUCCUGGCGCUGGCCGGGGCGGCACCGCCUGCAGGUAGAAAUUGUAGCUUUUUGCAGGAAAUGGAUGUCAUCCAGAAUCAGGAUGAAAACUGCUACUGCUAUAUGCAAAACAGAACGAUUCACUUGCAGUACGUUUGGUCAACUCUUCAGGUGAAAGUUAACAGCAGAGAAGUGUUCACCUUUGAGCCUAUUUCAGAAAAAAGCAACUGUCGUAAUUCAGAAACUGUUUUUGAGUUUGCUGCAUGUGCUGUUCAAAUCUUCUGGAAACCGGAGACAUCCACGGAAACUUCCAUACGCAUAAAACAAUAUGGAGAGGAUAUUUGUUUUAAAAUACAGCCCUUCAAAACCAAACCGUACACUGUGCGUGUGGAACGAGAAAUGCUAGAUGGAAGGCUCUUGUUUUUGUUUAUAGCUGGAAUUUUUCUGUUCCAUUUUGCAAACAGCCUGAGCAGGAGUACCAAGUUCUUUUACCUUUCUGGAAUAAUACUGGGUGUUCUUGCUCUGCUAGUCUUUGUCCUGUUGACACUUAAAAGGUUUAUUCCAAGGCGCAGUACCUUCUGGAUCUUAAUGGGUGGCUGCUGGAUGUUCUCCCUCUAUUUUAUUUACUGCUUCAAAGAGAAUACGCAGUGGUUGUGGUCUGAACACAGAAACUACUUGCUGGGGUAUUUUCUGGCUGUUGGAAUUACCAGCUUUGCUGCUUGCUAUCAGCAUGGACCGCUUACCACUGAACUGAGCAUCACCUUAUUCACGUGGAUGCUACAAUUAACAGCCUUUGUGUUGAUUUAUUAUGGUGUCACCAUACCUCAAGUUGCAUAUGCAGUAAUAGCAGUCAGCCUCUGUUCAAAAGGCCUGCAUUACCCGCUCGGUGCUGCUAGGCACAUAGGCAGAAAAAUGAAGAAUCGCUUUAAAUCAAAAAAGUUAGUGUUUAAAUGGCUUACUGAAGAGGAGUAUCGAGAACAAGGUGAAACAGAAACGAUCAGAGCUCUGGAGGAGCUCCGCUCAUUCUGCAGGAACCCCGACUUCCCAUCGUGGUUAGCUGUAUCCAAACUCCAGUCCCCACAAAGGUUUGCAGGUUUUGUUCUGGGAUCUCCCCAUAUCUCACCUGCAGAGGCAAAGGCCCACGAUGAGGAAUACGGCAUUGGGAGCUUGUUCCUGGAAGAGCAGCUCUUUGAGACAAGGGCAGAAUCUCAGCAAGAUGAUCCAGCCAAUUCCAUCCAUGAAGGAGAUGAGGAGGAUGAAGAUGAAAGGCAUCAACAGAUUGCAUUUCCAUAUGCUACUGAGGUGCUCUGAGCUUUGGGAAAUAACCAAGAAGGGAGGGAAAACACAUUCGUCCUGGAAAGGAAGGAUGCAGACCAAGAACUCAUGCUUGGUGCUUUCUGGUGGUUGCUGGGGGACAAACAAGGAUUUUUGAAAAAUACAUUUCCCGAAUCACACAGAAGGAAACCACAGGGGCUGUUCAAGUGAAGAGGACUCUCACGCUACUGAUACUUUAACUGGGGAAGUAAGCCUUGCUUAUUUCCAAAGCAAGUACUGGCAGCAGCCUGUCCCACCGGGAUGCUUGGGUUUUCCAAGGAUAUGACCUCCAGAAAAUAGAGGAUCUGUUUAGGUCCUUUUCAUUGUCAGGUCCUCUGUACCGAGCACUAGAGCGAGGAGAAGCCAUUAUUAAUACUCUGUUGAGUACCCUAUGUGUCAACAAUUUUAGUAAUGCUGCUAGCGUGCCGAUUAACUACUGUUAGUGAGACGUUCCAGUGCUAAGGAUCAAUAGAGAGUCAACACAGGUGAACGAGAUUUGUUUGCUCCUCUGACUAGGCUUGCUGUCUGUUAGCUUCAUUUGCCUCUCCACAUUUAUUUUAAGCUCCUUUUACUCUUCAGAACCCUGCCUGACUUUUUCACCCUCUACUUGUGUAUCGGUUUUGGUCUUUGCUCUAGUUGUACUGGUCUGUGUUCCUUCCGUGUCCUUGUUUCUUCACAUACUCACUUUUCUUCCCUGUUCUACGGGUCUGUCUGCUGAACCUUUCUUCAGUCCUCUGCUGCUCCAUCUCCGAUAGCUGCAGAUGACUGAGGAGAGGAUUUCCAUUCCUAACUGUAUUUUUACUAAUGCUUUCAGUUUCACUGAAAGUUUCACAAAGUCUCCUUGCCUCGGACGGGUGCUGCUGGCCCUUCUGGCCCUUUCAAGGCCCAGAAAAGACAAAGGCUGAGUGAGGCUGUUUCAGCUGCCUGGAGGAGCUGCUGUCAGCAGGGCCAGAGCGGUGCUGGGCCCACAUAACUGGGAAUACAGACAACCCCCAUACAGCUCCGCUAUCCUCGGAGUACUCAGUAGUUUGCUCCUUCAGUAAAAUGUGAGUGGAGAGUAAUUCUUGGCAAAACAAGGAGGGAGGGAUACCUGGCUCCUGCCUCCCUUUUGUCAGCCCUCUGUGGGACCUGCCACAGGAGGUGUGUGUGGAGGAACAGGAAAGAACAGGGAGAGAAAUUGAGACAGAUGUCUUUUCAGCUUCUGUGUGAUACAGUCGUAGUAGUAGGCUGGGGAGGAGACCACGUCCCCUCAGUUCAUCCACCUGCAGAGGUAAUUUCCUUCUUUAGUUCUUUAAACUCUCCUGAUAUUCUUCUGUCCUCACCUUGCUGCUUUCCUUUACUGUCUUCCAACUGCAGAAAACAAAAGACCAUUAAUUCUGUCACCGUCUGAUCUUACAAACGCAGCAGGAAUUGCCGGUGGUGGGAAGCAGUUAGCUCCCCAGGAGGGCCCAUCAGACCGGGAAACAUUUGCUUUAAAAAGGGUCUCUUUUCUUUGCAACACGCCUGGAGAAGCAGCAUGGCUGCGGUGGUGAGAAACCACGACAGCGCACGUGUUGUCCAUCAUGGACAAAGGAGAAAAGCUGUUUCCUACCAGCGCUAAGAAGUGCUGCCAUACUAUAUUCCAAGGGUGCCUCUGUAUGGAACAGGACUCAGAGCUGGUGCUUCAAAGCCUUACUUACACAGUCCUUCCUCCUUUAUAUCGCUUCGACUGCUUCAUUUGGAAAGGGACUCUUCCAUUUCACAGCGAAUUGACGCUUAACACCCUUUUGUGCCAUAAAUUUGUAAGAACGUAUGCAGGAUCUAUAGCAUGUUUGGCAGAGAGAAGCCCUGUCAAGGAGGUGAUCCAAAAUACACUCCAAACGUUAAGUCCGCAACGUUCCAGAACAGAGCAGGAGAGCUCUGCUCAGGAAAGCCACCACAGCAUUCCCACAUUCCCAGUUAAAUUCCCACCCACACUCUGGAGGACACGCUUGGCUUAGGGGGUCUGUCGCUAGCAAGCAGCUAGAAGCAUUAGCUGUUGCGAAAACGGAGGGAAGCCUCAUUAUCUUUGAUGGUUUGGGAGGAGGAUGGACACCUCUGCCCCCCCAACGAUGAUCUUUGUAGAUCAGAGAUUUAUUAUACCUUUGUCUAUAUCACCAUCCUGAAAAUGAAGUACUUAAAAUGAUUACGGAUUAGUCAAAAAAGGAUGCUUGAAGAGAUGUCUUUAAUACUAAAUGGGUUUUGCAUGUUCUAAAGUAGACGGUUUUUCCAGUGUACUUUGUAGAACACUAAGAACGCUAAGAAUUCCCAUCAUGUGACUUGAGGCCAAGGGGGAGAAUCAGGUUUGUCCUAGCUUAAACCCACCGUUUUUCUGGAUUUCCUCUCUUUACUGAGGUAGCGGUGAUUAUUCUUCCGUCAGUACAUAAUAUGUAUGUAUAUGCAAUAGCCCAGAUAAUACAUUAAGACAAUAUUUUACCUGGAAGAGCCCCCCAAAACCAGGCAGUUAGAUUUUUCAGACACUGUCCCUUUUUCUAAAUUAUUUAGAACCCAGCUACAGCUACUCCAGCAAGGGGAAGGGGGAGGAAAUUAAUAAUCAGCCCAUGUUUGGAGUUGUGAAGUCCAUCGUUUGUCAGGAAUGGGUAAGUGCUAUCCAAAGUAGAGCAGCACACCACUAAGUACAUCCAAGACAGAAGUGCAGCAACAUGAGAAAGGUGAUGACCACUCUAGCGGGCAGCUGGUGCUGGCCUUAAAAAAUCCUCCUAAGUCUGUUCUGACAUUGGAAGCAUUUCAUAAACAAACCCCACCAAACCCAACUGCUGCCAUUUGAGCACGCUGCCAACAGCGAGGCCGCUUGCGCAGCGCUGCUGUGGUGCGGGAGAUUACACAGGUUUACUGAAACACACACCUUAAGUACUGCCCAGCGUUAAGCCAGAAAACCUGGGCACAGCAUCUAGAUGUUAAACCGUUGCCUUAACUGUUAGAAACCCUUUCUUCCUUAAGGAAGGAUGAGUUACAUUGAUCUUCUGUUUCACGGUGUUUUUAUAAAAAAGUCAGAAUUUCAUAUUUAUUUUGUAUUCACACUGUACAGCAUACUCAAUAUACUGUCUUGUACUUUACAGAUUUUUUUAAAAUAAAAGUAUUUUUUCA